UCUACCUCGCUUCAUUCAUCGUCGACGAACCUCGUUUUCUCUUAACAACCCGACUAUUUAUAUUUUGGGAACGCUGAACUAAUUAAGGAAAAGUGCAAACUCAAUUCCAAUUUCACGAAGGAAGCUUCAGUUGUCAAACGUAACGUGGUGACAAGGGAGAAGAUGAUGUUGCAGUGUGUUGUCGACAGACUGCCAAAGGACUUUGACCUUGCGCCGUAAGGUGCGAAAGAAUAUCCCAGAAAUUUAAUUGGAGGACUAAAUAGACCUCGAGGAAAGCGAGCAGACUAUUCUUUAUGAGAGGAACGACGUGGGUAAUGUUCGGAACCAUUUAAAACUGGUCUGAAAAAUGAACUGGUUUUUUUAUGGGUCACCGCGUUAAAAGCUACGAAAAAAGGAAUGCUACUCGCGUAUGAAUAUAUCGGGGACUGUGCUUAACGGGACUGUUCAGGACGCUAAAAAAAUUGUGCUACCACGUGACCUUGAAUUACCUCGCGGCAACACGAAAAUACACUCGGCCUAUGCGCAUACGCGGUCGCGGAUCUGCAAUUCAAGCAGGGGAAUAACGAUUCUGUUUCAUCGAGAUAAGGCUGCUCUUUCGUUUUUGGAACAAUCGAUUUCUGGAACUUUCGAGCAUCCGACAAGAUACCUGGUAAAGUUCUACGAUGAACGCGAUUCGAAUUAUUUAAAACGUCGUUCGGAGAUUCUGCGCGAGGGAAAACGAUCGAGAAAAAUCCAGAAGAGAAAGAAGAAUCGGUGAAAGAUGGCUUCUAUGUGUGGCAGCACGAAAAGCUAUCCAGCGAUAAACACUGGUAGCUAUUACAGGCCAGGUGCCUACCCCUAUCAGAACGAUUAUUAUUUACCACCACGGUCGACAUGGUCCAGAGUGUCUCCACAGCAAAGCAAGAAACAAAGAGGCAGUACCACGUGGAAAGUUGGCAGCGCAAUGCUAAUAAUCUCCGCCAUGCUAGUAUUAAUCGCCGUCUUCGCGAUCGCUGGGCUAGCGUUAUGGAUGGGAGCUCUUCGGACAGACUCAAAAAAUGCGAUCGUUGGAUUCACGUGCACCUUCAGGGUGGCCAAAGGUGAAAAAUACAAUCCCAUGUUGAAAUUAAAUACGAGCAUGGUGUUUCGUGAGAAGGAACGAAAAUAUAAGAAUAUAUUCGAGCUCCUAUUUAGAAGGAGCGUGUUGGGCACCGCUUAUCAGAAGACCGUCAUAGACAAAUUCGAAAACGGUGUUCUGAAAGUCUUCUUCAGGAUAUAUCUGGACAGGAGGAAGAUACCACGAUCGAUCACGAAUAUCGAGGAUACGAUCGAAGACAUUAUCGCGAAGGAGACGUACUCGACGUCAUCCCUGUUUAAGGACAUGGAAUUGGACCUCACCACGAUAUCAGUGAAAAGAAUAAAUCAAGAUUCAUCUGGAAGUCAGAAACAGUCGCAGCAGAGGAACGCGAUGAUCACCAAGAACGGACUUCUGCGUCCAAGUCGAAACAAUACGCUGAUAACAAGCCCGAAAUCAAAAACGAAACCGACCAAGCCAGAGUCUAGCGAGCCCGAAAUCGAUUUCAGCAAUAUACCUACGAUUCAGGGCACAUACAAAGCAACAAAAGUGAACGCCACGUCUCAAAACAAGGCCAACGCCACCGAGAGUGUUAAAACGCAGCCCGACGCGAAGAACAGUACCAAGGGACCGUUAGCUCUCGAGGAAACUACGAUUAAGUCCUCCGCGGCGGUAACGGAGGAGCCAACUCGCAGCAACGCGCACACUGUACCCAUUAAAAUCAAACAGAAGGUCAAUUACACCGCAAACAACGAACGGCGCAACGAAACUAUCCAAGAAUCUACCACGAGAGUCCCAACGUCCACGAUGGCUCCCACUCGAAUCGAAGCUGAGGACAUUUUCAAGGAUUUCCGCAAGCCAGACUUGGAGAUGUCACCGUGGAAGCCGAUCAUACCCUACGUGAACACGGAAUUGAAAUUACUGCCUGGUAAUGUCGAAACGACGAACAACAAAGUGAAUUACAGCAAUACGAAACCUGGGGAAGCAUUUGUCCCCGAGUCAACGGUGAAAGCUCCUCAGCACACCGUACAAAGUGCAAUUCCUGAGUCGACUACGUCGAAAACGUGGCUCCCAGAACCGCCGGAGAACUCUUUCGCGGACGUUCCCGGGAUGAGCACGUUCGACACGGGCGACAGCGACUUUCCGCACGACAGAAUCGUGCCCCAGGAGAUGGUGAACUUCCGGGUGAAUGGGAAAUUCAAGAACAAGAUACCAGGACUAAUGGAGGACGGACAGAUCUUCACUAUGCCUCCGAAAAUGGACGAGAUCGAGAAACCGGAAAUAGAAGUCUCGGGUCAGUUGCCGGCGGAGACGUACGACAUCAAGCUUCGAACCUCUGCUCAGCCCGAGAAAAUGGAGUUUUCGUUCACUAAACCGUACAGGUCCACCAAUGAGAACGAGACCGGAUGGAGAGUCCCUAGUUCGCGGAUUUCGUACACAAACACGGCAGCUGGACAACAGGAAUCUGUCGGUCAAUUAGAAAACCUAAAACAUAGCCAAAAGACAGUGGACCAAAGUUCUGUUGACACGGAAAAGGAGAAUUCGAGUAAUUUCAUGUCGAGUUCAAGUACUCCCAGGUGGAACGUGCAGAAACCCACCGAACCGAGCGUGGAGUUCACCACGAAAAUCUCGAGGGUAGGGGUAGCAGAGCCCGUUCCCGACGCAGACAUCGAACUGGAGCCUAGGAAUCGAUACUCGGACAUCCAAGCCGUCACCAAGCACAAUAGUAACGCUUUGCAGGACAGAAAGGUUGACAAAACUGCCCAGGAGCCAGUCUACACGAGCUACAAGACACCUGAUCUCAACGGUGCUGGCUUCAGGCCGAGUCUAAUCGAAAACUCUGGAACGCUGAAACCCUUCAGGCACACGAUACCUGUUGACAAAAUCGCGUCGGUUGUGAACGAUAAAGAGGACACCUUGUCGAAGCAAAAGACCAACGCCGUGACGGACAGUAUAAUCAACGGCGAGGAGAAAUUUGUCGAGGAGGCUCAGAGUACGAGGACUGGGAGCAAUUCACAGAAGAAUGGGUCGCAAGAGUUGCCGAACCUGGAAAAAGUUGUGGAGAUAGAGACAUUCUUCGAAGACCAGGGCGGUGGCUUCGAAGCGAAUAUUCCAGCGGAUCACGAAAAGCUCGAGCUGUCCGAACGCGUAACGUCGACGGAAUCGAACAGUCAGGGUAUGAUAGACGACGAGAAAUUCUUGAAGAUGAGCACGACGGAGGUUUACUCGGAAGUGAUUCAUCCAUCGUAUAACAACGUGGACAGACUGAUUCUAAAGAACGAAGACACCAAGCAAACGCCACCAGAAAAGAUAACGCCGAACGUGUCGAGAAACUCCACCUUCAUUGAAAUCGACACCCUGAAGCACACUCCUGGAGAAGUCGAAAACAGCAGUUGGUCGGAAAGUAGACCGUCUACAGAAGUCGAAUCGGACCUGGCCUCUAAUGGAACCAUGAAUCGACCUGGAUCGCUGGAGACCCGGAAGAAGAUCUACAACGAUACUUUGAAGGCCUACGUGGUGGAAAACUUGGUCACCCUGGCACCUGUCAAGAGUAACACUGCCAUUGGCAGACCUGUGAGGCCGAGACCCAAGGUGGAUAGCCAGAAAGUAUCGAAGAACGUCGAGAAAUCCACGAACCGAAGUACGACGGACGAUGCCAUACUUCUUGAGCAGUUGUUCGGCGUUCAGAAUCGCGCUAGGAACACGACAAAACGCGAAAACUCCGGCGACGGAUAUCCCAGAAUAGAACAGAUAAUAGAAGUGGUGACGUCCAUCAGCACUAAAAUAUCCUCGAACAUUAAAGAGAAUCCUGUCGUAUUGAAACUUGUGGUUACCAAUUCCACUUCUCUUCCAGUGAUACAUUCGGAACUCCAGGAAGAGGAAGCGUCGACUCCGCGAGUAUCGGUACAAGAAAAACUUUCCGUGGGUGAGAAUCGAGAAGAGAAUCGUUCUUUUAAAGACGAAACGGCGGUGGAAGAUUCAAACAAAGGAGAUAAAAUAGAAAAGACGCCUUCCUUGACGGGUACGGAGGCGCAAACAAUACAGACGUCGGACAGGAAGAUCUCCGCGAUCGAGAAUCGAUUUUUGUUGGAAAAACUGAAACAAUUAGCCGAGAUAGGAACAGAUGACAAGCCAGCGAAGAGCAGCAAGAAUCAUUCGAGACCGAUCGGAACGUCGCAGCCUCACGUUUCGAAGGGACAGGAAACUCGGCCGUUUCUCGACUUUGAGAAGCUGAAGGAAAUCGCGGACAUCGCCACUGGAAACAAGACCCUCAUGAACUCGACCGCGGGGUUCACGAUGACUCGCGACGGGGUCGAGAUAUUCACCAAGAUUCUGACCAAGGUCGAAGACCGCGGCGAUAAGAUGAUUUCUACCACAGAGAAAAGUAUAGAAACUGACGAUUGUUUCGGUUUCCUAUGCAGAGACGGAAAAUGUCUGCCCUCCAGCGGCAGAUGCAACAUGCUGGGUGAAUGCUCGAAUUCGGAAGACGAAGCCAACUGCACGUGCGCCGACUUUUUAAAAGCGCAGCUCCUCCACCAGAAAAUUUGCGACGGUGUGGCCGACUGCUGGGACUAUUCGGACGAAACAGACUGCGACUGGUGCGAGGAGGGGCAAUUCGUUUGCGGUAACAGCCGAUCUUGCGUGGAUCAAGACAAGGUGUGCAAUGGCUUCGCGGACUGCCCCGAAGGAGAGGACGAAAAAAAGUGUGCCGCACUCAUAGAAGACGAUGCAAUACCAAACCACGAGAAAACAAGUGCGUCCUCGAAAUAUGAGAAUAAUUUUGAGCCUACCGUGACCGAAGACUACGCACUCCCGCAGGAAUAUUUUUCCGAAAUAGAAUCCAGCACUGACAAGGACGUCGUCUUCGAUCAAGAAGCAGUCGAGUCUUCCAUCUCGGAAUCGACGACCAUCCGCGCAUCCAAGAGCAACGUUCAACUGGACAAAAUUAUAACCACGAAGAACGAGUCAACGGUUAAAGAAGGAACGGUUUUCGAUAAUCGUGAGCGAUCUAACGCCACUAUCCUCGUAUCUGGAAGGGAAAUAUCGUCAAACACGAAAGAUGUUUUGGCUCACGGGAACUCGAUCCAUGUGAAUACGAAAAAUAACGAGGCUAUGACCACGAACAAUGUCAAGAAGGAAAUUAACAAUUACAACGAAAAGGGUUACAUAAACAUACGAAAGAACGGGAAAUGGGGGAAAUUGUGUUUAAGCGGGAUGGAUGAUCUGUUGCAAGAGAGACAGGCUACCUGGACCAUCGAAGAUCUUGGCAGAGCGGUUUGCAAGGCGAUUACGUAUCAAGAUUACGAGACAGUCGAAAAGGUAUUGGACGAAAGGCCAACGUCCAGUCGCUCGUAUUACACGUUGUCGUACAACGAGAAAUCUCUGGACAAAACGAUCCUGACUUUCAAACCAUCCGAAUGCCCGAGCGGCGAGAUUCUCAGGGUCAAGUGCAAGAACCUUGAGUGCGGAAUAAGAACGCAGGCACCAUCGCAGGCCAGAUCGAAUGUUUCUCGACGUUCCAGGAUAGUCGGAGGUGGUAGCUCUUCGGCUGGAAGUUGGCCGUGGCAAGUGGCUCUCUACAAGGAAGGUGAUUAUCAAUGCGGCGGUGCUCUCAUCAGCGACAGAUGGGUCGUAUCCGCAGCGCAUUGCUUUUAUCAUGCUCAAGAUAAAUAUUGGGUGGCUAGAAUCGGAGCAACGCGUCGGGGGAGUUUCCCGAGUCCUUACGAACAAGUGUUACGUUUGGACCACAUAUCCUUGCAUCCCGAGUACAUUGACAACGGAUUUAUAAACGAUAUAGCGAUGCUGAGGCUCGAAGAGCAGGUGGUAUUCAGCGACUACGUUAGACCGAUAUGUCUUCCUGAAACAGAGCCAAAAAGUGGUACUAUGUGUACCGUGACGGGAUGGGGACAACUGUUUGAGAUUGGAAGAAUAUUUCCGGAUACGUUGCAAGAGGUACAACUACCUGUAAUCUCGACGGAGGAGUGUCGAAGGAAGACUCUGUUCCUUCCUUUAUACAGGAUCACAUCGGGAAUGCUGUGCGCAGGAUUACAGAAUGGAGGAAGAGAUGCUUGUUUAGGAGACAGUGGUGGACCUCUGGUUUGCUCGGGAUCGGACAACAAGUACACUCUUCAUGGUAUUACUUCGAACGGUUACGGUUGCGCAAGACCAGGGAGACCUGGAGUCUACACGAAAGUUCAUCAUUACCUCCCUUGGAUGGAGCAUACAAUUUCGAGAAAAGACAUACGAUCAUCGAUAGCGUCCUGCAAGGGCCAUCGAUGUCCACUUGGUGAAUGUUUACCAAAAUCUCGAGUAUGCAAUGAAUUUUUAGAAUGCUCGGACGGUAGCAAUGAACGUAAUUGUCCUGUUAACUUAUAAUUACAAAAGACUGAUCGUAUUUGUACGUGAAUCCCUGCGUAUUUAUCUGUUCAGCUGUGCAAGCAUCGAACAAACGAAUUAAUUAAUUUAACGAUAAACGAGAUCAAGAAUCCGCUGGUCUGCUCGCUGGCAACGAAAGAAUAGUUGGGCCAAAAUCAAUUGGAAAAAACAGACGUGCUGCUUGGCGUAAAUUCACAGUUGGAACUGCGAUCGUGAGCAACCAAUUAAUUUUAUCCCAACGAUAGUCUGUUUGCCGCAGAUAGACGCGAGAAGUGACUUUUUAGAUAAAAAUAAAAACUUUAAAAAAAAAACGUGAACACUAGAGGAUAAUGUUAGAAUUUGCACUGAUUUUGAAUCGGUAGGAACACUUUUGUAAAAUAUAAAAUUUUCAUUGGUUUUAUAUGUGUGCAAUACAUAGAUAGAAAUUGAAAACUGACGAUAAAUGUUAGAAAAUGUAUUGAACAUCGGUGAGCGCUGUUAAGAGUUUCGAUUAUUAAUGAUAACUGGUGAUACCGCGAACACUGAUGUAUAAUUUUCUAUGCAAUUAUCUUCGUGCUGAAUAGUUAACAUUAAUGCAUUAGGAUCGUAAAAGUAAAUCGACUAAUGGCAAUCGUUAGGUUAUUUGCGGCAUUAUUUGUUCCACGACAAUACGAAUAGUCGCCAAGAAUAGUAUCUCUAAGUCAUUCGCACAACUCAAAUAUAUUUAGCUUAGGAAUGUUUAGAUGAACCUGGCAUUUUGAUUCUUUGUAGCUGCAAAACGAAUCUCAAGGCCACGUAUAUCGUGCUCACUACUUCAGUCUCUUUGUAAGUUCGAAGAUUUUUAACAUAAUGUGUAUAUAUCGUGUCUAAUGUAUUAUGUAAAAAAUCU